CGUGGUCAUCUGACCUCUCUGUCAUCAAUAUAAAGUCAAUCCACAGGUCGCAGGUACAGCAAAAUUUUUUUUUUAUUUUUUUUUAUUCCCCUGAAGUUUCUCUUCCAAGAUAAUUCGCCAAUUAACGCAGGCAAUGAGUGCUGGGCUCUUGAAACUCGACAAACCAUAUAUAGCCUCAAAUGAGGAGCACGAUAUGGUUAGAGGAAAUGAACAGGAGUCAGACGACAGCGAAGAUGAGAUGGCUGUCAUGAUGAAGGCUUUGGAUGAAGACCAAAUAAUAGGAGCAGGAGGUGAUGGUAGCAUGGAUACCGUGGAGCUCGGCCUGAUCCUAGACGUGUUGCUGCCUCCAUACCACUCCUACCACGAUGACAAGCUUUGGGUCACCAAGGUUUCAAGGACGCCGCCCACCAGAAGUUCAGUCAUCCUGCUGUGGGAGCAGCUCGACCUGAAGCUGCAGGAGCGACAGGCGCGUCCUAGCGGCAUCUGCAGUGUGAGGAGCGAGCUCUUCCAGGAGUGUUUCG